GAGAGAGAGAGAGAGAGAGAGAGGAAUUUAGCCGUGUGUGAGAAAGUGAAAGAAAUUUGACAAAGAACAAGAGAAAACUUGGCAAGAGAACGAGAGAGAGAGAGAGAGAGAGAGAGAGAGACAAUUCCCAUUUAAACACACACACACACACAGAGAGAGAAGAGAGAGAGAGAGAAGAGAGAGAGAAGAGAAUAAGAAAAACAAACGGGCGAUAGAAAGACUAGAGAGAGAGAGAGAACAAGUUGCUUUUUAACAACGACCAACAAGCGACUUUCAACUCUCUCAUCAUCACUCACUCACUCACUCAUUCACACUCACACACACACGACAAUAGAGAGAGAGUAGAGAGAGUUUCUUUCUUUUUAUUAUUAUUAUUAUUAUUAUUAUUACAUACUCUCUCUCUCUCACACACACACAUUCCCACGCUCAUUUGCACUCGCACGCUCAUUGGCAUUCCCACACGCACUCUCACGCAAUCGCACUGAUUCGCACUCGCAUUCUCUCACGAUGGGAAUGCCCGCGGUGCAUAGCGUUGCUGCACGCUCUUUUACACAGUCUCGCUCUUCUCUUGCCUAUCUCGCUUGUCAAUUCAUUAUUCUCUUGUUACGGGCUAUCACUCCCAUUGCAUAUCUCUUCAUUUCUUAUCUAUUGGUAUGGGGUCCCUCGACGCUAUGGAUCGUUUCUCAAGAAUCUCUCCCUCGCACGCUUAUCUUUGCUAGUCUCAUUGCUUGGAUGGCCGCAGAAACUCUCUGGUUCCCAUACUACUUGCUGACAGUCAAGCGCCUCCAGAGACGGAACCCAGCGUACCAUGCAACAUCGGACCCAGACACCCGUCGCGCUCUCCUCGUGCGCUGUCUCGAUGCUCUCGAAGCAGCCUCUCCCAUAAAAACACGCAUCAACGACAUGAAGCGUGUCAUUGCCGGCUGGUUUCUGGGCAAUAUCUCCUUUGACCAGAUUCAGAGAGACAAUAUCAAUUCCUGGGUCGCUUGGGCCUUUCUCGAUGAGGAUGUCGAUACCCUCGACAGUGACAAGCGGGCGCACGUGGAUGACUUGGUGUCGCUCAUUGAAAAGCGUUUAGACCAUGUUUUUCCUCUUGGCAGCAACCCCGCCGCCAAAUGCAUCCGUCUCACCCUCGAUCCCGUCCAAGCAACGCACCGUCCCCUCGUGUAUUACCUUGCCACAAAAUGCCUCAAUGCGAUCGGGACCCGCUUGCUCCACCAGCUGGGCUUUUACUACAGGACCCUCGAUCCCAUGGAUGUGGCUGGAACGGGCACGCUGAGGUACUUGUAUCGCCCUGCCACAGAACCCACGCCCCUCGGUGCUACCCCCAUUGUCUUUGUCCACGGCAUUGGCAUUGGCUUUGCUGCGUACCUCCAGCUCCUGGCUCGCUUGCCCCGCAACGUCCCCAUCUAUCUCUUGGAGUGGCCCCACGUUUCCAUGCAAUUAAAAGAGCAAGUCCCAACCAUCCCAGACACCCUGAGUUUUCUAUCUGGCAUGCUCCGUCGGGACAAGCACCCUCGCGCCACCUUUGUCGCCCACUCGCUCGGCACCGUUGCGGUUUCGUGGAUCCUCAAAUCGCCUCUCCAUCGCAACCUGGUUUCGUCAGUGGUUCUUUUGGAUCCCGUCACUUUUCUCUUGUGCGACCCCGCCAUUGCCUACAACUUUUUGUACCGCCCGCCCACCUCGGUCCUCGAACUGCUCAUGAGCUACUUUGUCUCGCGCGAAAUGUACAUUGCGCAUUCCCUCUCUCGCCACUUUCACUGGUCCAAAAACAUUUUAUUUUACGACGAAUUGCCACAACCGACUCUAGACGGGCGCGGCGGACGCAAUGCGGUCCUCUUGGCCGGCCACGACGCCAUUGUCCCUUCCCCCCGCGUCAAGGCCUACCUCGACGCCCAGCACUCGUAUACCUCUGACACGCUUUUGGACGUUUUAUACUAUCCCACCCGCCACCACGGCGAACUCUUGCUCCGCAAAUCCAUGCUGGACCCCGUCAUGUCCAAAAUUUUGAUUGCAUGCGGAUCAAACCCUCACGUUUCCUUUUCGCAUCGUCGCAUGUCGCGUCGUCCUGCACCCUUUUAUCGGUAUAAACCGGCUUGGAAGGUUGUCAAGCUGGGAGGUGAAAAGCCUCGGAUUAUGGUUGUUUCUGCGCGCAAAGGGUGGGGAACUCCCGUUUAAUUUUCUCUUUUUUUUUUUCUUAUUUUGGGGGCAAGGGAAUUGGGGAUACAGCCACGGUUUAGGUUUUAUUUUCUGAUACACACACGCACUUUUGAUAGACUUUGGGACAUUUUAUUUGUAUACUAUCAUUUUUCUGUGAACGUGGGAUACCAAGUGGUGGGGAUAAAAUAAUAAUAAUAUAUCACAGGUUAAUAAUGAG